CUUUCUUUCUUCUUCUUCUUCUUCAUAUGGUCUCCAACAAAGAAUCAAUCCCUCCUUGAUUUCUGGCCCCCUCAUUCUCUUCAAUCUUCCACAAACACCCUACACAUAUAAAUUCACAGCUUGCUCCACUACUUGUUGCAUUUGAAUCGUUCUGUAAACGUAUUGAAUACAGGGACAGAGAGAGAGAGAGAGAGAAGAAGGAAUGCGAACUUCUUUUCUUGCCGGAAAUCCGGUGAAUUUGACUAUAUCCGCCACCGUCGCCGUCGCCAUAGUAUUGUUGCAGGCUUUUGUUCUUUGUGGGUUUCCCACAACUCUUACGUUGGAGAGAGCUUUCCCCACGAACCAUCUGCUUGAAUUGAAUCAACUCAGAUACAGAGAUAGUUUAAGACACCAUAGAAUCUUGCAGCAACAAUCUUCUGUAGCAAGUGUUGUUGAUUUCCCUGUUCAAGGAACUUAUGAUCCUUAUCGUGUUGGGCUAUAUUUCACAAGAGUCCAAUUGGGUUCUCCUCCAAAAGAAUAUUAUGUACAAAUCGAUACCGGAAGCGAUGUGUUGUGGGUUAGUUGCAAUUCUUGCAAUGGCUGCCCUAGAUCCAGUGGACUCCAAAUUCCAAUUCAGUUCUAUGAUCCUUCAAGCUCUUCAACAGCUUCUUUGAUCUCUUGUUCAGACCAACGAUGUUCUUUAGGAACCCAAUCGUCUGAUUCCGGGUGUUCGGGUUCAAAUAAUCAGUGCAGUUAUACAUUUCAGUAUGGAGAUGGUAGUGGGACAUCAGGUUAUUAUGUAUCUGAUCUAAUCCAUUUGGAUACAAUUGUUGGGGAUUCAACAUCAUCAAAUGCUUCAGCAUCUAUUGUAUUUGGUUGUAGCACGUCUCAGACCGGGGACUUGACCAAAUCUGAUAGAGCCGUUGAUGGAAUCUUUGGGUUUGGUCAGCAAGGUCUAUCUGUAAUCGCGCAACUUUCUUCACAAGGGAUAGCCCCGGAUGCAUUCUCUCAUUGUCUUGUUGGAAAUGGUGGGGGAGGCGGAAUUUUGGUUCUUGGUCAGAUAGUCGAGCCAAAUAUGGUCUAUACUCCACUUAUUCCGUCACAGCCACAUUACAACUUAAAUCUACUUAGCAUUUCUGUCAAUGGACAAACAUUAUCCAUCGAUCCUGCAAUGUUUGCAACAUCAGGCAGCCGAGGAGGAACCAUAAUUGAUUCUGGAACUACUCUUGCUUACCUUGCUGAAGAGGCUUACGAUCCUUUCGUGAAUGCUAUUACGCAGUCUGUUUCACAGUCUGUCCAGCCUCUUAUAUCGAAAGGGAAUCAGUGUUAUCUAAUUACCGCAAGUACGCCUGAGAUAUUUCCGACAGUAAGUUUGAACUUUGCUGGUGGGGCUUCAAUGAUCUUAAGACCACAGGACUAUCUACUGCAACAGAACUCGGUGGGCGGGGCUGCAGUGUGGUGCAUCGGCUUUCAGAAAAUUCGAGGCCAAGGAAUUACAAUUCUAGGAGAUCUUGUUUUGAAAGACAGGAUUGUUGUUUAUGAUCUGGGUGGUCAGCGGAUUGGUUGGGCGAAUUACGACUGUACGUCAUCCGUGAAUGUGUCGACGACCUCAAGUGGUGGUAGAAGUGAAUACGUGAACGCCGGUCAGAUUGGCGGCAGCCGUUCAUUGCGAAAUACACGUUACGAGCUCAUAUCGAUCGUCGUUGUGGCAUUGGUGCUACAGUUAUCUGUAAUUGCUUGUUUUUCCUAGUAAACACUCAGAUUGUUGAAAUUUGGUAGAGUUGCAUUCUUUUUGUAUGUAUAGUGGAAAAAGGGAACUAAGUGCCCAAUAACAUUAUCCAUGUAAGAGCAAAGAAGCUAAUUGGAAUUGAGAUUUAUACAUA